AUGUACAGAGACUUGAUCAUUGCCCACGAUGGGUAUUUCUCUCGAAACCCCGGUGCUCAGCAAGAUCAGAAUACUGUUGGCGCCUUUGAGAACCUGUACAACAGCUUCUUCCCUUUGAUCGCCAUGUUUUACCACUGCCAAUUCAAGACCCCCAAGAGAAUGGAAAUGUCUAUGGAUUGGCUCAAGGACUAUCCUUCUCAUGCACGACACAGCGCCAAGCUCCGACAAGUCUCUCAGGAUAUGAUGGAUGCUAAGAAGGAAUUCUAUGAGAGAGUUCAGCGAUCAUCACACAAGGUCGAUGAGCGACUGUGCGUCUUCGUGGUCGACCACGAAAUGAAGAAGAUCUCGACAAAGAGACGCCCUCGAAGUAGCACCAAGAGCAAGGGCGCGUGA